AUGAAGGUCGUUAGAGUCAUCGAGUACCAUCAAAACCUCCAGCUGGAUGAGGCACCUGAACCAAAGAUCACGUCUCCUCUCGACGUCAUUGUCAAGAUCGGCGCGGCGGGAGUCUGUCGCACCGACAUCCACAUCAUCGAAGGGCAAUGGGAAGAGAAGGCUGGCGUCAAAUUGCCGUACACAAUCGGUCAUGAAAACGCAGGAUGGAUUCAUGAAGUAGGAGAUGGUGUGACCAGCGUCAAGAAAGGCGACAAGGUCAUUCUUCAUCCCUUGGUAACCUGCGGCCUCUGUCGUGCUUGUCGGUUCGGCGACGAUGUGCAUUGCGAGGACAGCACGUUCCCUGGGAUCAAUGUCGACGGUGGCUACGCCGAAUACCUCAAGACCGGCGCCCGUAGCGUGAUUAAGCUUGACGACAAGCUGGAACCAGCCGAUGUGGCCGCGCUUGCGGAUGCUGGUCUGACCGCCUACCACGUUGUGGCAAAGGCAGCGCGGGUGCUGCGGCCGGGCAAUUUUGUGGUCAUGAUUGGCGCAGGAGGGCUCGGCCACAUCGGCAUUCAGGUCAUGAAGGCUAUCAGCGGUGCCACGCUCGUUGUUGUGGACCGAAAUCCCGAUGCUCUUGCUCUAGCAAAGAAAAUCGGUGCCGACCACACCAUUCAGGCAAAAGACGAUGGUUCAUUCGUCAAGGAGGUCAUGGAUCUCACGAAGAGAAAAGGCGCAGAGGCUGUCAUCGACUUCGUGGCUGAGGGAGGGUCGACGGCGACUGGUGUGAAGAUGCUGAGAAGAGCCGGCAACUACUACGUCGUUGGGUACGGUGAGAACCUGAACAUUCCUACCAUCGACAUCAUCUCGACCGAGAUCAACUUCAUUGGUAAUCUUGUCGGUUCGUACAAUGAUCUCGUGGAGCUCAUGGAGCUUGCCGCGCAGGGCAAGGUCAGUCUUCACACUCAGCGAUACAAGCUGGAAGAUUUUCAGAAAGCCAUUGAUGAUCUGUCGGCCGGCAAGGUGCGUGGGAGGGCCAUUCUCGUCCCUUGA